AUGUCCACCCCAAGAGUCCUCCUCCUCGGCGGCCAUGGCAAAAUCGCCCUCUAUCUCACCCCGCUACUGCUCGCGCGCGCCUGGAACGUAACCAGCGUGGUCCGCAACGCCGACCACGAAGCCGAGAUCCUCAAGCUGGGCUCUGGUCAGCCGGGCAAGGUCUCGGUGCUGGUGUCGAGUCUGGACGAUGUGAAGAGUGUCGCGGACGCGCAGAGCAUUCUGGACAAAGUGCGUCCAGAGUAUGUUGUUUGGGCGGCUGGUGCCGGCGGAAAAGGCGGCGCACAGCGUACAGUUGCCAUCGACCAAGAAGCUGCCAAACACUUCAUCAGCAGCUCCUUCGCAACACCGCAAGUGCGCAAAUUCCUACUCAUCUCGCACAUCGGCAGCCGCGCCACCCGACCCUCGUGGUUCUCAGACGCCGACUGGGAACGCACAAACAAGCUCUGGAGUAGUAUUCUGCCAGACUACUGCAAGGCCAAAUGGGAAGCCGAUCAGCUACAAACCGCGCUGGCGGCGGUGACCAAGCGCAAAGAGCCAACCAGGCACUUUCAAAGCAUUAAUCUGCGCCCGGGCACGCUUACGGAUGAACCAGCCUCUAGCAAGGUAGCCCUGGGCCAGGUGCCGAUUGGCGAGCGCAAGAUUUCGAGGGAGAAUGUGGCUCUAGUGGCGGAUCGGUUGCUGGCUAGAGAUGAUACCGAGGGUUGGUAUGAUGUACUGGACGGCGAUGAGCCGGUGGAUGAGGCUGUCGAGCGGGUUGCAAAGGCCAAGAUUGACACGAUUGGAGAUGAAGAUGUUGAGGGGUUUGUGAAGAAGUUUGGUCUAUAA